CACUCUCACACUUUACACUCUAUCCAUCUACUUCAGUAAAUUCUAUGGCACGGGUACACCGGAGACAUGGGUACAUGGAGAGAAUUGCCUCACAGCAACGGCAUAGCUCAGCACGUAUCACGAUGACCACACCACAGAUUUGCACUGCGCAAUUCACUACGCGCACAAAGGUAGCCCCAACCCUAGAUGCAAAACUGCAGAAGCGAUAUAGCAAACAGACGUCACCGCCUUCAGACUGGUGAUUCUGCCUGAAUAUUGUUUAUGUGUUGUUCGAAGAGAGUGAAUAGAGAUGGCUAGGAGAAGAAUCUUCUCUCUACUGAUCUCUCACUCUUCUUUCCUAUCUCCAUCCUCAUUUCCAUCCAAACGGCAUCUUGAACCAUCGGUUCUCAAGCAUCAUGUCGAGCGAACUGGAUACUCAAGUCUCUUACGACACGGAUAUCAGAGUCUCAUUGCCCUUUCUGCAGGCAGCACGUCAGAGGAACUAUGACUAUCUGACUUCGCUGCUCGCUGAGGGUCAUCAUCCCAAUAAACGCGACGAGAAUGGCUACAUGGCUUUGCAUCGGGCCAUAAUAGAAGCACCUGAAGACCUUACUACUGUGGCAAUGCUGCUGACGUACGGGGCAAGUCCACAUGCCUUCUUCAGGCCUGGGAACAGCUCGCUAGAGAUCACGCCCUUACACUACGCUGCCAUGAGGGGUGAUGUUGGACUCGUAUCUCUCUUCCUCCAUCAUGGAAAGAAUGACGUGACACCUCGAACACUCAAAUAUUGGACUACUCCGCUUGAGAAUGCCAUCAGUUACGGUCGUCUAUCGGUUGUGGCGAGGUUCAUUGAGUUCUUCUCCAGCAGUCAGCUUCUGCACAAACCGACCCGUGGGAUUGAUGAAUCAAUCAUCUUAGCCGCCAAGCUCUGGUACUCAAAGGCGUUGACAUUGCUCCUGGACUACAGAAAGCACCACAUGUAUCCCAAUCCCAACGGGUUCGAUGUACUCAAGCAUGCCUUCUGCGAAGCAAUCCGGCCUGAAGCUUGCACGUCCAGCGCCCAAGGCAUUACUGAACGAUCUGGAUGUCCCGGAGACAACACUCCUUCCAAGUGCGCUCAUCUUCUCAUCCAGGCCGGGAUCCGCUUCAGGGAUGAUGAAAUGGACAGAUUGCUCAGUAUAACCUGCAGCAAUGCCCACUUUAUCGGUGUCACCCGUCUACUUCUGAACAUGGGUCCCAAGGUGACCGGCGAUCACAUUACCCGCGCUAUCGAGAGCCAGAGUUACCACAUGGUGAAAAUAGUGACCAAAUAUGUCAUCACCAGUGGCGGAGAAGCCGCUAUGAGGCGUGAUAGCGAGCCAGACUUCAUCCAGUAUGCUGCUGGUCACGGCAGUUUGGACACCUUUGAAUACCUUUCCACGGAACUCAGUACAACCUCAUCCCAGAGCGCAUCGAUGCCAACGACCGAGAGUCGCAAGACCCCCAUCAUCCACUACGCCGUGUGGGGCCUCCGCCUCGAUGUGGUCCAGCACCUUCUUUCGACUCGAGGCUCGAGCGCCAACGAGAAAGACGAAUAUGGCCACUCACCAUUGAUGUACGCUUUCGAUAUCGCCGACCCAAGCGACGAGAACACACGCCUGGCCAUCAUUCAGCUCCUCAUGCAGCACGGGGUCGAUAUCAAGGCCAGCUCAGUCGAAGGACUGACUGCUCUCCAUCUCGCCGUCAGAUUAGGUGUUACACCCGCCGUCCAGCUCCUUCUCGAAAAGGGCAGUAACCCCAACGCGAAAACCGCCACCGGCAGCGAUCUAUAUCUCAGACGCAACCCGUCCUUCUGGAGCCCCGAGACUAACGCGCGCCUCCGAACCCCAUUGCACUGGGCCGUCGAUCGCCUGGCUAAUGUUUCCGUGGACACCGUGAGACUUUUGCUUCAUUAUGGUGCGGAUAUGAACGCUCAGGACGGGAAUGGUGUCACGCCUUUGAACCUUCUCCUCGGCGACGGAUGGUGUAUUAAUGGAGCUUGGAAUGCUCGUAUGGAAGUCGCAAAUCUCUUGCUGGCCUGUGGUGCAGACGUUGAUAUCAGAGAUAUGAGCGGCAUCUCGGCACGUCAGAGAGUCGAUCAGCGUGAUGCGGAGUUGCAUGCCUCUGCUGCUCAGAUGUCUUGAAGGCUGGGUACCUUAGUCCUUGAAAUAAGGUUUCUCUGGUUUACUAAUUUUGAAUCAUGAUUUACUGCUUGAUCUUUGAUCUUGUCAUACAUGAGGGGUUCGUUUUACAUAUUGUCUUUGACUUGACUUUGCCGUUUUUUCUCUCAUUUGCCAUGAUUUAUUCCCUGAUCUUUCAAUCUCACCUUACCGAAUUUGUUUAACAUCUUGCCUUUAGCUUUACUUUGCCUGGUUACUUCGAUUUACAUGAUUUGUUGCUUGAUCUUUUGCAGAUCUGGCUAUGUGAGAAAAGUUGGUUGUAC